AUGGUCUGUGAACUAGACUAUUCAAAAGAGCGCCGCUGGGAAGGGGACUAUUUAAAGGAAAAGUGCAUAGAGGUUGGUGUAGAAGAGGAAUAUAACCUGUACCAGAUUCGCCUUCGCCUCUAUUAUCUAGGCGUUUUUCUGUUACUGCAUUGGAUUGUGGCCCUGUUGCACAGUUUUUUCUUGCUAGCGACAUGCGAGCACAAAGAUUUGAUUUACGUGGAUGUGUUAUUUUAUGUAAUAGCAGCUGUGCUCAUUACUGCACUGAUGUCCAUAAACUUUAAGAAGGAGCUGGUAAUAAGGCACAUUUGGAUAAUGUAUGUGACCUCAGUGAUUGCAGUGUUUAUUCUGGUCGCUGUGGAUCUUUUAACUAAUGUCUACCACUUUCAUACGAACGAUUGGAUUACUGGCUCAUUCUACGACACCUAUGUUAUUUUAACGAUCUUCAUGUUUCUCCCGAUACCAAAUAUUUUGGCGCCACUUGCGCUUGGUAUUGCGGUAUCAAGUAUUUACAUUCUGUACUACUUGUACUACGUAGCAUCUAAAUACCGAUUUGAGAUAUCCAAUGCGACUCAUGUCAAUCAAAUGGUAGCGGAUAUCUCCCAUUUUUUUUGCCUAAAUCUGCUGGGUGUUUUUUUUCGGGUGAUGCGCGAGAUCCUUGUGCGUUCUUCGUUUCUUGAUCGACAUCAGUUCGUGAUGGAGGACAUCUGGCUGAGGAAUGCUCGAGCUCAAGAAAAAGUAUUUCUUCACAGCAUUCUGCCACAACAAAUUUCACAGCCUAUCCAAGACGACAUUCGCAAUCGCAUUGCACUCGGCGAGAAGCAUCGCAACAUACAAAUGGUUAGCAUUGGGGAACGAAUUAUGUCCAUUCAAAAUCACCCCGAUGUGACCAUUCUAUAUGCCGAUAUUGUCAACUACACUCAUUUAACCACAACGUUGUCCGUCAAGACCCUUGUUACUCUUUUACAUAAUCUAUAUGCUCGAUUCGAUAAGGCCGCCUCUCACUUCACCGUGCAGCGUAUUAAGUUCCUGGGCGAUUGCUACUAUUGUGUGGCGGGUCUUAUAACUCCCGAUCCUGACCACGCCAAAUGUUGUGUCGAGAUGGGUCUCUGUAUGAUCCAACAAAUUCGUGAAGUCAGAGACUCUCAAAAAGUUGAUAUUAAUAUUCGCGUUGGUGUUCAUUCGGGAGGAUUGUUUGCCGGAGUUCUUGGAGCGACUAAAUUGCAAUACGACAUUUGGGGUUCAGAUGUGGUGAUUGCCAAUCGUCUGGAGGCUACCGGUGUGCCUGGCCAUAUUCAUAUCAGCGAAAGGACCCUCCAAUUGAUGUUGGAUCACACAUAUACAAUACUUCCCGGCACUGAGGCAGCGAUUAAUGAUCCCUAUCUCAAAAAACACGGUAUUUUCACAUAUCUCAUUCCCCCAACGGAAGCCUCUGACCAAAUAAGCUUUAGUUAUAGUAGUGAUGAUUUAGAGUCUAUAUCUAGAUCUAUAAGCAUAAGGUCUAUUAGCCUAAGAUCCGAGUUAAAUGAAAGUCGAAUAACGCUUGAACUGCGCAAUGAGUUCCAAAAGAUGCCGGUGGGUCCCUUGAGUUUAAAGGACAGAGUGAGAUAUUUUUGUAACUGGGAAGAACGCAAAGAUGCCAAAAAGAACGACAACGAGAAUCAGGCAUCAUUAAGAUUUUUCUUUUUGGACUUUACCGAUCCUCGUCUAGAAUAUAAUUAUAUCCGACAACCCGAUUACAUGCUUAAGUACAGCAUUCUUCUGGCAUGGUGCAUGUCCCUUAGCCUUAUAACUAUCGAAUUGGUCUUCCGUCAUGAAACGCCUUCAUACCAACAGCGCUAUUACAUAGGAUCUGCUGUGAUACUAAGUUUAAGCAUUCUUCUCUUUAUCACGUGGUAUAAGAAGAUUUGCUAUUGGCGGAAUCCCGACGAAGGGCAUAAGUACAGCGCCGUUAGCUGUCUUCUAUUUCGAAUUGCAGAGAACCUUCAACGAAGUCUCAUAAAACGUGUGUGCAUCUACAUGUUCACCAUAAUAGUGUACUUCUUAAUCAUAUUUAUCAUGCUGAUGGAAUGUGACCUACAAGAGUUCGAAGCCAUGCAUAUUGAUAGCAAACUGUAUCUGUAUGAAAUGGAUUCCAAAAUAUGUUUUCAGCCUUGGGUUCUCACCAAUAUGUUGUGUCUGAUAAUGGGCAUGAGUUUGAUAUUCACACGAAUUCCAUUUACUAUGAAACUUGUGGUUACCAUAUUUGAGGUUAUCGUUUACAUGGUUCUGGUGUUUUUUCAGUUUGAAUAUAUUGUUCAUCAUAGUCUAACAACCAACCCCUUCUUUUUAGCUGAAUAUGCACACGCUAUUCUGAUUUUAAUUACUUUUUUAAGUCUUUUUCUCAUGGAGCGACAGACUGAGUUCAAUAACAAGAUCAACUUUAAGUGGAGGGUUGAGUUGAAAAGGAAACAGAGGGAAGCCAGGUUAGCUGAUCAAUCUAUAUCUAUUCUGUUACACAGUAUACUGCCUACUCAUGUUGUCGAUAUCUAUCUGACCUCACUAGCCAGGCACGAGCUUUACUAUGAGAGCUAUGAUAUGGUGGCCGUCAUGUUUGCUACACUCAAAAAUUUCGAUCUGGAUUUGCAAAGUCUGCGGGUUCUGAAUGAGAUCAUAUCCGAAUUUGACAGACUUUUGUCAUUUUACAAGGACGAUUACUCAGUGGAAAAAAUAAAAAUUGUAGGAUGUACGUAUAUGGCAGCCUGUGGACUAGACUUACGUCUUUCUUCGACCACAAUUCUACGUGCACGACGUUCCAUUAAUUCCUUCCACAGGCAUACUAAGCAGGUGAAAAAGAGAAACGAGGAUAUCGUCUUUGUAAUAACAGCCUUUGCUCUGGAUUUAAUGCGCACUCUUUGGAUGUGUAAUGCUCACUAUAAGAGUAUCCCAAGUGAACGUGAAAUGUUCAGUGCCGAUAUAAGGAUUGGAAUAUCCAGUGGCGAGGUUAUGGCCGGCGUGGUUGGUGCCUCACAGGUUCACUACGAUAUUUGGGGAAAUGCCGUGAACAUGGCCUCGCGAAUGGACUCAACCGGAGUCACUGGACUCAUACAAGUGACUGACGAGACAGCAGACAUACUCCGCAAAUGUGGAAUUAAAUGUAACUACCGUGGUAUGACCUUCGUCAAAGGGCGAGGCAUUUUACCAACCUUUUUCGUCGGAAUCGAUGACAAUUUCAACUUCCAAUAUAUUAAUGAGAGCUGGACCACUGGACAUUCUAGCAAGUCAUCAUCUUACUCAUCAAAUGAGUUAUCUUUUGCUUCAUAAAAUUUUUAUUUAUUAUAUUUGUAUGCGAUAAGCACACAUUUUUACACGGAGGACUUCAAAUUACGUAGAAUUCCAAUGAUAAGGAUAACAUUAGCAAACGUCCUCAAAAAAUGUAACCAACCAAUUUAAAUACAUAUAUAAUAUUAAACUGUUUUUCCGCCACUGUCUGA